AUGGAAUUGGCUGUGACUGGGAUGUUGUUUAGCCAACUGGCGCUGGGGGUGGCCAUUAAUGGCUUCAUCGUGGGGACGUACCUGCUGGAAUGGAGGAAGAAGCGAAGUCUCCGUAUGACCGACGUAGUCCUGGUGUGCUUGGCCGUCAAUAGAUUCCUGUGGCAGCUGUUCCAUACCUUGGGGUCGGUAUUUUCAUUCGUGCAAGUCGUAGUCACCAUCACGUAUCAGGUUGUCUAUUCCGUCUGUGCCUUUCUAAACUGGAGCGGCCUGUGGCUCGCCUCGGUGCUCAGCGUCAUUCACUGUGUGAAGAUCUCCAACUACAACAACUGGCUGUUCAUCAAUCUGAAGCGGAGGAUCUGCUGGCUGGUCCAAUGGCUCCUUCUGGCCAAUCUCCUGACUUCUCUGGCUUUCACUCUUGCACUUGUGUGGUUCACAUUCCCCGAGAAUCCAGCCAAUUCUACAGAUGUCUCCUCACAGACCAACACAACCGUGAACCUUCUCCAGAACAUUCCCAGUCCAUUAUUGGUUCUGUGCUUGGGAUCCCUUCUGCCGUUCAUCAUAUUCUGUGUCGCCGUUUCACUACUGAUCAAUUCCCUGCGAAUACACGUCCAACAGAUGAGAAGCCGAGCAACAGGGUUCCAGACGCCGCACUUAGAAGCUCAUAUAAGGGUGAUAAAGAGCAUGGCCUUUUUCCUUGUCCUCUUUUUUCUUUAUUUAGUGGUCACUAUUUUGGGGGCAGGUAAGAAGAAUGUUGGUAAUUGGCUGUAUUUCUAUCUUGGGAUGGCCUUCUACCCAUCACUCCAUUCUGCUGUGCUGAUCUAUUCCACUCGCCAGUUAAGAAUGGCAUGUUUAGCUAUUUAUUAUGGAACCAAAACGUUCAUUUGUGUGCAUCAUGGAAAGGUCCCACCGGAUCUGCAGUAA